AUGCAAGUGUCAUUACAACCACAAGGUGGGGCACUUCAAAAGGGACUGAGUUUUUUCAAGGUGAAGAUUGUUGACGCUGGAAGUUUCGGUGGCUCAAAUUCGAUGAGCUGCGCAGUCCCACAAGAAAAUUCGGAGUCAGAGUGGUGCCUAUGUGGGUUGUUGGUGGCGCCGUUGUGUGCACUA